AAUUUAAACUUUUAUGUAUUUUACACAAUAUCAUGUUCUCAUAGACCUAUAAACUUGUUAUGUUUACAUUGAAAGUAACGUCCUUUAAACUUAAGAAGAAAUCAUGACAAACAAAAAAAAAAUCUAUAAAUUGUAAUGUGGUAUAUUUCAAAUAGUGUUUGUGCCAUUCCUCUCAUAUGCAAGAUAUUGGCCACAGUUAACAAUUCAUAAGCAUUCAUAUAAAAAUUAUAGAAAUUUAGGACCAUUCUAGAGAAAGAAAUAAAUUAUCUUUCAGUUAAAAUUUUUGGAUAUUAUAUUCUCAAAAAAAUUUACUUCAAUCAUGACAGAAAUCACCAUUCAAGAUUUACAGAAGCUUCUCAUAUAUUUCUCAAAAAAUACUUAUAGAGCCAAGGAUGCAGAUAGCACGAGUCAAGCAAUUAUGCAGAGAUGUGUUCUGCUUAUUGAUUUAGAUUACACUCAUUAUAUCAUAAGCAAUAAUGAUGGUGAUCUCAGUGCACAUUAUCCUAGCCAUCUUAUUAUUUUAGAUGGUGAGAAGAGUAGGAAUCCAAAUAUGUGUGAUACGCCGCCACCACUGCCUCGCACAACAGAAACUAUAUAUGAAAAUACUUUUGACUCUAACAGAUUGAAGGAUUUGAUAAAACAAGCUAGAUUUGCUAGGUGUCGUUCUCGAUUUCCACUGCCCGUAAUAAUGUAUAAAGGUAGACAUGUAUGCAGAUCAGCUACUCUAUCUGGAGGACCAGAAAUUUAUGGUAGAUCUGGACUAGAUUAUUUAUUUGCUGGUAGUGAAGGUAUAGUUUCCAUUCAACAUCAAGUAGAUGAAGCUCGUGGAAGUGAUUCUGUACUUAGUGAGUGGCAAUUGUUUGAUAAAGUUAGGCAUCACGAUAUCAAGCUUCUAAAAUUUCUCAAAGUAGGAACUAUUAUUGACUUCAUGGUUGAGAAAAAGAAAGUCAAAUUCGGAGUAAAUGUGACAUCUUCAGAGAAAGUAGACAAAGAGAAGAGGUAUUCUGAAUUCACUUUGAUUUCACUACCAUAUCCUGGAUGUGAAUUUUUUAAAGAGUUUAGAGAGAAUGAUUAUUUGGCUAAGGGCUUAGUAUUUGAUUGGUCUCAGACACACGUAGAUGCGCAAAUCGGAGUGCCAGAAGAUUCAAUUUCUGCACAAUUACGAAUCAAUUGGGAAGAAUAUCAAGUCUGGGACUUAGUCAAAUUAACUCAAAAUUAUUUGAAACUUAUAUUACGAUAUUUAAGUGACAGUGGUAAUGGGAUAUUAAUUCAUUGUAUCUCAGGAUGGGAUCGCACACCUUUAUUUAUUUCAUUAUUAAGAAUCAGUUUGUGGGCUGAUGGUGUAAUUCAUACAUCACUGAACGCAUUUCAAAUUCUUUAUUUUACCAUAGCGUACGAUUGGAUGCUGUUCGGCCAUGAUUUAGAAGAUCGACUAAGCAAAGGAGAGGAAAUAUUCUUCUUUUGCUUUUAUUUUCUAAAGCACAUUCAUGAUGAAGAAUUUAGUAUUCAUCCGCGUCAUAGCAAAUCUAGACACACAGUUCUACGCAACGACAGUGACUCACAAUUAGAUAACGUUAUGUUCGAUAGCGAAUCAGUAGUGACAUUGAGCUCAGUCAGUUCUAACUUAAGUCUGAAUAGUUGGUGUAGUUCUGUUAGUCAAAAUAGCAGAGACAGUCAAGAUAAUAAUCCACCAGCGGUGUUUCACUGUUCUUCCACAGAACCUCAAGAUGACAGUCAGAGUAACGGGAACGUUGUACCAUGGUCAUUUUAUCCUUCUCCAAAUAAAGAAGGAAUUUCUCAUGGAUCACGAUCACCUUUACCACAUAAUCGAACUUCUCCUGUUGCGGUUCCUGUACCUGGACGUCUUCGACAACGAAACGAAUCCUCUUCGUCGGGCGGCUCUUGGCAGAUGAUAUCUGGAACCGGAAGUUUACGUGGUUCCACAACUGCUAAUGCCCCGCUCACAGAUGGACUGACAACUAGUUUAGCUUGUAAGCCUCUUUGUGAAACUUUUACGGGACAUACAUCUCAAGAAUCGAGUACGACAAUUAUUGAGGAUGAAGUUUGUGCGUCGUCGGCGCAAUCUCGCAAAGAAAAAUUACAAUGCUUAAGAAGAAUAUUUUAUAAUGCUUAUAGUCAUACAGUUGGGUUUCGAAUGAAAGAUAAUUCCGAAUCGAGUGGCUUUGGUCAAUUACUCGGUAACUUUGCUGAAAAAGUAGGAAUUCUUUCCGUUCAGCGCACAUCCUUAUGACUAUAACGUCAUUGACCUCUCAUCCCUCUUCCCACAAUUAUGAGUUUAUUGUUAUUGACUCCUUGAUUCAAGUUAGAAUUUUUAUAAAAAUGCUAUACAAUGAAAAUAAAACAAUUGUACAUUAUCAUUUAUGUGAA